AUGAACCCCCCUGCUGUACAAAUCAUUUCUGAAUGCUUCAUCAAGCCACAAAGACCCAUUGAAGAUUCAAACCAUGUUUGCUAUUUAACACCUUGGGAUUUAUCCAUGUUGUCGUUACACUACAUGCAAUUUGGCCUACUCUUCAAGAAGCCCAUAUCAUUUGUGAAUCAACAAGAUUUCAUGAAUAAUCUGUUGGACAAGCUCAAACAAUCUCUAGCUCUUGCACUUGUUCAUUUCUAUCCACUCGCUGGUCGCCUUGUUACGCAAAAAACCCAAGACCCUCCCUCUUAUGCAGUUUUUAUUGAUUGCAGAAACAGUUCUGGUGCUAGAUUUACGCAUGCUACUUUAGACAUGAUUGUCUCUGAUAUCCUCUCCCCUAUUGAUGUCCCACCCAUUGUUCACCCGUUCUUUGACCACCAUAAAGCAAUUAACCAUGAUGGUCACAAUAUGCCUUUGUUGUCAAUCAAGGUAACUGAACUAGUAGAUGGUGUUUUCAUCGCUUGUUCCAUGAACCAUUGUGUUGCUGAUGGGACUAGUUUUUGGAAUUUCUUCAACACAUGGUCUGAGAUUUUUCAAGCUCAAGGGCAUGAGCAUGGAUUUGAUGUCCCCAUUUCACGCCAACCCGUCCUUAAUCGAUGGUUUCCACAAGGUUGCGGUCCACUGAUAAAUCUCCCCUUGAAACAUCGCGAUCCUGAGUUUCUUUGCAGGUACGAAGCACCUAGGAUGAGAGAGAGAAUCUUCCAUUUUUCAGCAGAGUCUAUUGCAAAAUUGAAAGAAGAGGUUAACGGAGAGUGGUCUUCGUUGUCGAAUUCAGCAAAGAUAUCAUCAUUCCAAGCAUUAUCAGCAUUUGUUUGGAGAUCCAUCACGCGUGUGCGCAACCUGCCGCGUGAUAAGAUAACGAAAUGCAAGUUAGCUGCGAACAACCGAUCUAGAAUUGAACCACCUCUACCUGAAGAAUACUUUGGAAACUCACUCAGCGCGAUCAUUGUUGAAGCGAAAGCGGGAGAACUGGUUGAGAAUAAUCUGGGAUGGGCAGCACGGAAGCUUCAUGUGGCUGUUGCAAACCAUAACGAUGGGGUGGUGCAGCAGUGGCUCAAAGAUUGGUUACAGUCUCCUAUAACCUAUAAAGUGGAUAUGUUGCUGGAACCGACUGUUUGGAUAGGUAAUUCACCAAGGUUUAACGUAUAUGGGAAUGAAUUUGGAAUGGGGAAGGCAGUGGCGGUUAGAAGCGGUUACGCAAACAAAAGUGAUGGGAAAGUGUUCUCAUAUCCAGGUAGAGAUGGAGGGGGCAGCAUUGAUUUGGAGGUCAAUCUUUUGCCGGAUAUAAUGGCUGCUCUUGAAUCAGAUGAGGAGUUCAUGAAUGUAGCUUCAGGGUGUAAUCCCCUCUUCUAGGUUGUUUCUCCAACCGUUAUUUUAUGCACAUGUCUUUUAUUGCUUAGGCCUCUGACCCUGAACUUAAACCGUUAGGCACU